AUGCGAGCGACAAUUCCUUUCUUCGUCGCCGGGCUCUGGGCUGCAGCCGCAGCAGCUUCUAAUGUAAUUGACCUCACCCCCGCGAACUUCGACGAGGUCGUUGGACAGGGCAAGCCAGCAUUGGUUGAGUUCUUCGCACCAUGGUGGUAUAACCUCGCGCCAGUCUACGAGCAGCUGGGGGAUGCCUUCGCACACGCAAAAGACAAGGUCGUCAUCGCCAAAGUCGAUGCGGACGGCGAGGGAAAGCCUCUGGGCCAAAAGUACGGUGUUACGGGUUUCCCAACUUUGAAGUGGUUCAAGGCAGAUGGGACGCACGAGCCGUAUGAAUCCGGACGUGAUUUGGAUUCAUUAGCCGCGUUCAUCACCCAGAACUCUGGUGUGAAGUCGAACAUCAAACCUCCCCCGCCUCCCGAGACUCUCAUCCUCGAUUACCACACUUUCGAUGAAGUUGCCCUUGACAAGUCCAAGAACGUACUAGUUACCUUCACGGCGCCAUGGUGUGGACAUUGCAAGAACUUGAAGCCAGUAUACGAGAAAGUUGCAAGCGCCUUCAAGCCAGAAUCCAACUGCGUCGUAGCCAACAUUGACGCCGACGAUAAGAAGAACAAGGAUAUCGCGCGGAGGUACGAGGUAUCUGGCUACCCGACUAUUAAAUUCUUCCCCGCCGGCUCGGACCAAGCUGAAGACUACGAGGGAGGCCGCAGCGAGGCAGACUUCGUGCAGUUCCUCAAUGAGAAGUGCGGAACACAGCGUGCCGUCGGCGGAGGGCUCUCCGAUGAUGCUGGCCGUUUGGCGCAACUCGACGAUCUAGCCCACAGAUUCUUCGUCGCGGCAGCUGAUGUCCGCGGUUCUAUCUUGCAAGAAGCCACUCACAUCGCUGCUACACUUGGAGACGCGUCUAAGCACUACCUGCGCGUCAUGGAGAAGGUCGUCAAUGGAUCCGAAGCCUAUAUCGAGAAGGAAUCCAAGCGUCUCGCAUCUAUCCUCGCGAAACGCACCAUGUCCCAGGCAAAGCUCGACGAGAUCAAGAUCAAGGCCAACAUCCUCCGCGCGUUCGUCGAUAAGAAAGUGGAGGAGACAGAGAGUGUUGCCCGCGAUACUGCUGAGCUGUGA